AUGCCCUACCUACCCACCUCCCAGGCCUACCUGGAACAGUCAGCGCAGUUAUUACAAGCGUACCCAGACACAACCCGCAUAGUAACAAAAUACUCCUUCCCCACAAACCGCCGAGGAAACUUAAUCCGCGCCCACAAAUCUCAAGUCCGAAAGGACGCAAAAGCCGCCGCCACCGGUGGUACCACCACCACACCCGCCUCCCCCUCCACCGCAACCGCAACCCUCACUCUAAAGACAUUCAACCCCACGACCGGAAUCUGUCUGCACUACCGCACAAACAAGCUCCAGGAAGUCGGACGCCUGAUUACGACUCUGGGCAAACUGGCCGCCGGUGCUGAUGUAGCGGGUUUGGGGUUAUCUGCUCCGGUGCCUGUUAGCGCGGAUGUGGAGAUGGUUGAUGCUCCUGCUCAGGAGGCUACGCCGGUUGCUAGUAAGACGCAGGGACAGGGACAGGGACAGAGUGCGAAGGGGAAGAAGAAGGGCGGAAAGGGGAAGCGGUAA